AUCUGCUUCUUUUUGUCUGAGGUCUCUCAACUACUUAACCUCGUACUACAAAGGAACAAUCACUCAUUUCUCCAGUAGAAGAGAAAAUUAUCGGAGAGUAUACUAAUGGAGGGAGUUGGGUCACGAUUGGGCCGAGCAUCCUCCCGGUACGGCCCAGCAGCCACCGUCUUCAACGGCCCAGUUCGGAAGUGGAAGAAGAAAUGGGUCCAAGUCUCCUCUUCUUCUUCUUCAACCCUCAACGCUUACAGCCACAACCCUCAAUCACAAUCCAAUGGCACCCCCACCCCCCGCCUCCUCCUCUGCCGAUGGACUCCCACCAACACUACCUCUGCCGCCGCUGCCGACGGCUGCGGCGGAGCGCAGGUGGAAGAGCCGCCGCGGAGGAAGUUUCGAUAUACUCCUAUUGCUGUGCUGGAGGAACAGAAGAGGGUGGCUGAGAAAAAGAUGGAAGAUGAAGAGAAAACAAAUGAGAUGGUGGACCAUUCGACAACUGGGCCAACAACCAUGAGUGAUGAGAAGCAUGGAAAGCCAAAUACCGAUGAUGUUUUGAAGGAAGAAACCGAUGUAACAGAGAUGAAUGGAGUCCAGGAUUCAAACCUGAGCACUUUGGAUUUGGGAUUGGGCCUAAACAGCCCCAAUGACAACUCGGAUGACGUUGACGAGACCAAGGAGUCUAGCGUGCUUCAGUCAAUGGAUGAGGCGUAGAGCAUCCCUUUCACUGAAGUUGCUUCAUUCAGUAACAUAAAGUUGGCCUUUUAUCUCACUUUUGUGCCAACUGCAUAUCCUAAAUCUAGUGUGAUAACCCUUAUAUUGUGAUUAAGCUGUAGGCGUAGUUUCUAGCUUUUCAGUGUACAUUGAUGUUAGCAAGUAGUACAUAAUGAAAGGCACGUAAUACCUAAAACUCAAUUGUCUGUAUAUACCUUUUGAGGCUAUUGAACUCCUUUCUAUGUAAUUUCUGAAGUAGUACUGUAAAUCCUGUUUGUGUUAUCUUCAAUGCAGCUAUCCAAUCAAAGUUCUGGAGUA